AUGAGCAUCGCCAAUACCGUCUGCCUGUGCGGCGGCGACUUCAGCACUCAGGUGAUGAUGGUCCAGCAUGCAAAUGAUCAAGGCCACCUGCUCCGUUGCUCAUGCCAUCGUCUCUUUGCAACCCUGCAGGACCUGCAGAACCACGAGCAAGAUGCGCAUCCGCAAGACAUCGGAUCUUUCGAAGUACUUGAACUGAUGCAGACACCAAAAACAUCCUCAUCAUCACCUUCGGCCCACACCUGUACGAUCUGCCAUAGCACGCUCGCUAACGAGCAUGGUUUGGCAAUGCAUAGAGCGGCGAAGCAUCCCUCCUGCCCGGUCUGUCGGCAGAGCUUCCCUACUGCUCUUCAUCUCGAGGGCCACCAACAGGCGACCUUGCACUGCUACUGCGCGGAGCAUUCUCUUUCUUUCGCCUCGAAUGUUCAGCUGCAGCAGCAUAUCAAGGCCUCGCCACACGUCACGGGAUUCGAGUGCACCUCAUGCAACCGAGCAUUGAAAUCCGAAGUGGCACUCCUCGACCACCUGAACAGUGAAGGACAUGCGAAUGUCGAGCGUGCUAUUCAAGCUCAAGCUAUGGCUGCUGCGAGGGCGGCGUCGAACCCUCAGCGCAGUCAUGCCACACCGGAAGAAGAACUGGAGAAGAAAUGUCACGAGUGCGAUCGCAGCUUUAGGACUAUCAAUGGGCUGUACCAGCACAAGAAGUCCGUCAAGCACAACCCGCUCAGCGAUCUGCGUUGUCCCAUGUCCGAAGAAUGCACUCGAACGUUUACGUCCCCAUCCGCGCUGCUCUUUCACCUCGAAGGCGGCAAAUGCAAGAGCGGUAUGAAUCGCGCGCAGGUGGACAUGCUCGUCCAUCAGCAUGACACUGAGCGGCAGAUCACGAAUCUCGCGAACGUUGAGACUGUCAGUGGCGCCGCAGCGAGACUCGCGGGAUCUUUGGAGUCCUCCGGAGAUCUCGCCUCCCUGUUGACUGCGCUGUCCAUUCAAGAUGGCUCGACAGCAUCUGACCGAGUAACUGACAUUUCGGACCUGGAGAGCGGCACCUCAGACAAUGACCAAGGACUGUUCGUCUUUACUCCAACUGCCUCUACCUACUCUCGUUCACGCACCAACUCCCUUGCCAGCUCCACUGUCGUCUCGAGCCGACACACAGCCAGUGAAUGGGCCUCCAUCACCGCCCACACCAAUGCUGCUCGCGCCAACCUCACCCCUCGUGGCUCCAGCCCCUCUCCCACCAUCAUGACCCCUGCGACUGAGCGGCAAGACUGGUCAUGUCCUGAACCCGGGUGUGAGAAAUUCUUCAGGCAGCAACACUCUCUCUCGGAGCACCUCAACUCCCCGGCCCAUGCCGUGAAGCUGUACCAUUGCCCCACUGGUCUGGCUCUUCCAGCUGACAGACGUCGCACAAAGUCUUUCAAGACGAUGAGCGGAAUCUUGCAACAUCUCGAAGCCGGCGCUUGUGCGGGAGGGCGGGAGGCUCUCGAUCAGAUCUUCGCGCUGCUGGAGGACAAGGUUACGCAGGUGACGGGAACGACUGUGAGGCUCCUACAAGAAGGGUCCUCUUGRGUCAUGCACUGCGGACGUUGA